CUGGAAGCGUAUGGAGUUUGGCGUGUGCCGUCGUCAAAACUCCGGGUCUUCCUGUAGAGCGCUGGACACAGAAAGCGUCACUCGAAACCCUAACCCGGGCGCAGAUUCACGGCCACUCCCGCCCCUCAAUUUUGCAUUCGUGGAAACUCGAAUCACGCAUGGUGCUUCUCGCUCAUCAGAACCUGGGGGUCUGGACAACGCGUCAUAACCGGAGAGAGAGAAUACAACCGGGUUUUAGUUGUGGGCCAAGGUUCUUUUCUGUUUUUCCAUCUUUCCCUCUCUCUUUUCCUUUCUUUUCUUCUCUUGCCUUUUUUCUUUUCUUGGGCGGCAAGAUGUCACUGCCGGCGUCGAACAGUACCGAUGUCGGCGCCGAGCUGGAGGGGCCGGCGCUGGACGAGUGCAUCGAGUCGCUGAUCGCCCGGUGGCAGGGCUGCAUCGACGAGCUGCAGCGCCUGGAGCAGGCAUCCGAGUCGGCGAACCGCCCGGUGCGGGGGCUCAAGAACCUGCUAAGAGUGCAGUGCCGCGCCCUGGACAAGAUUGUUCAGAAGCGGCAGGACCCCUCCGCAGCGGCCGUCUCGCCGGCCCAGUACUUUGGCAUCCGGAGCUGCUGCUGGGAGGACCGCUGGGCCGUCGUCAAGAAAUGCCGCGGCCUCGUCGCCAUCAACAAGGACUUCCCGCGCAGCCCCCGCCUGCCGGUCCCCCCGGACGCCGGCUGGCUGGCCUACAAGGACCAGCCGUUCCAGGAGAAGACCGUGGCCGUGGACGCCGUCGUCGACAGUGGCGCUACUUGGAUUAAGUUCGUCUCCAUCUCGCCCAAGACCCUGGAAUACCAGGUCGCGGCCGAAGGGUGGGCGAGCGAGCCGGAUGACGACGACGACCAAGCGGGCGGAGAUGAGGGACUGGGUCACACCGAGUUCGCCGACACGAUCCGGAAGAUCGUCCUCGCUGCGCGGUGGAACCACUGCCACCGGCUGCACCUCGUCCUCCCCGGGCUGCGAGAGGGCAAGUCGGAGACGGUGGACCGCAUGAUCCAGUUCGUCCGGCGCAGCAUCGGGGGGGACGACGUCUCGGUCGAGGUCAGCUGCGCGGACAGUCCGCUCCUCACCGAGCUGCCGCCUCCGCUUGACCACGCCAUUGCCGCGCUCAUCCAGGACCGCGACGCUCUCGUCGGCGACGACUGCGGCCGCCUGACCGAGACAGUCAACCUCGACCCCAGCGCGCUCGUGGCGCUGGUCACGGACCUGCACCACGGGCCCGUGCCGCUGCAGCCCGAGUCGCAGCGCCGCAUCAUCGCGCAGUCCCUCCUCGACCACGAAAAAACGGAGGGCGGCAACGAGCUGGUCGCGCGCCAGGACAUCCUCGCCACCGUGCUGUAUCCGGCCCUGCGAGGCCGCACGCUGGUCUGCACGCGCUUCGCCGCCGCCUACUUCCGCAAGCUCAUCGCCGCCAUCGCCACCCACUCGGAGGAGGUCCGCGCGAACUGCAUCCUGCCGCCGGCGUGCGACGGCGACGACGGCAACGGAAUGGCGUCCACGCCGCCGCCCUCCCCCGACGCGCUGCGGCAGACGCUGCAGACCUGGUCCACCGUGCCGGUCCCGCCAGACCUGCGCCUGCCCGUGCAGAUCGUGCCGGACGUCGACGUCGCGGACGUCGACCGGCUGGUGGCGGCGGGCCGGCUGCCGGCGAUGGCGCGCGGCGUGGCGCGCGACCUGUCGCGCCUCAACCGCUCCGUCUACUGCCACGGCUGGGCGGCGCGGCAGACCACGGUGACGGGCCACCGCGGCAUCGAGCGGCAGGUGCGGCUGGCGCUGGCGCGGCACUGGACGCGCGGCGGCGGCGACGAGCGCCCGCCCGACGUCUGGCACCGCCACCUCGGCGGCUACCUCAUCCACCGCGACAAGCCCAAGGACUGGCGGGCGCUGCUGAUCGGCCCGGCCGGCGGCGGCGACUGCGGGGAAGGGGAGGUGCCGCCCGAGCUGGUGCGCUGGACGAACCCGUGGACGACCUGGGGGAGGGGCAUCAGCACGUACGGCGUGCCGGAUACGAAGACGUGGGAGGGGGUGGGCCACGAGGAGAAGACGAGCUACGGGAGAAGGAUGGAUGGGCGGGAGGAGAGGGCCGGGACGGGCAGGGGAGGGAGGCAGCACGAGCAGGUCAGAGACGAGGAGCAGGAGGACGAGCAGUCGUGACAAUGAUGAAGGUUUGCAGCAGAAAGGAAAACGAAUCCGGCUUGGGGUAUAUUGGAUCAGUACGCUUGGAAAAAGAGCCGCCGCGAGAUUAAAAAGC